GCUUAGUUCUCUCGUUGUUUAGAAUCAAUGCCAAAUCAAUGAUCUGAUUAAUCUGCAAUAUUUUGGUGGUAAUUGAUCAAAGAGGAGAUUAUUAAACAUGAAGGGAGCUGUAGCGGUGGCUAUUGUUGCAGCCAUCGGAAAUCUGUUGCAGGGAUGGGAUAAUUCCGUCAUUGCAGGCUCACUUCUCUACAUCAAAAAGGAAUUCAAUUUAGAGAGGAAACCAACACUAGAAGGCCUAAUCAUAGCCACAUCUCUCAUAGGAGGCACGCUCAUCACAACCGUCUCCGGUCCGGUCUCAGACCGGGUCGGUCGUCGUCCAAUGCUAAUUAUGUCCUCCGUCUUAUUCUUCUUUAGUGGUUUGGUCAUGUUAUGGGCACCAAACGUCUACAUGCUUCUGGUCGCAAGACUUCUAGACGGGUUCGGAACCGGUUUGGCCGUCACUCUUGUUCCCGUCUACAUCUCCGAAACCGCACCACCGGAGAUUAGGGGAACUCUAAACACAUUGCCGCAAUUCACGGGGUCCGGGGGGAUGUUCUUGUCGUACUGCAUGGUUUUCGGGAUGUCAUUGGUGAAGUCACCGAGCUGGAGGUUGAUGCUUGGAGUUCUUUCGAUCCCGUCGCUUGUGUACUUCGCAUUGACGGUGUUUUACUUGCCGGAAUCUCCGAGGUGGCUUGUGAGUAAGGGGAGAAUGGUUGAAGCCAAACAAGUUCUACAAAGACUCCGUGGCACCACUGAUGUUUCAGGUGAAUUGGCUUUGCUAGUUGAGGGUCUAGGGACCGGAGGUGACACAUUCAUAGAGGAGUACAUAAUUGGCCCAGCCAAUGAACUCUCCGGUGAAAAUCAGGAAACAACUAGUGGCGAUCAAAUAAAGAUUCAUGGCCCUGAGGAGGGCCACUCUUGGGUUGCGAAACCCCUCGGCAACGGCCGGAAUUCGCUCUUGGCUUCUCGGCAAGGGAGCAGCUUGUUGAGCCAAAGCGUCCCUCUUCAUGUGGAUCCUCUUGUCACUCUCUUCAGCAGUGUUCAUGAGAAGCUUCCUCAAAAUAGUUUCGGAGGAAGCAUGCUUUUUCUUUCCAAUUUGGCCUCAGCCGAUCAAAAUCAUGAUCAUAGUAAUCAAGAUCAUGACCAAUGGGACAUGGAGAAUCAAGAGGACACACAACAAAAUGACAGCAAUGACUAUGCGUCCGACGACAACUUGAGAAGCCCGUUGCUUACGAAUUUUGAAAAGCAUACAAGUACUAAUGGCAGUGUCUUCAACACAAGGCGAAAUAGCUACAUUGUAAUAGAAGGGAAUGAUAACAUUGCUGGUGAAGUAUUGAGCAGUAGUACAGACAUAGGUGGUGGGUGGCAACUGGCAUGGAAAUGGUCGGAGCGAGUGAACGAAAACGGGACAAAGGAAGGAGAACUCCAAAGAGUCUACUUGCACCAGGAAGGCACCGCGGUGUCUCGGGCAGGGUCAAUUGUCUCGGUUACAGAUGGGGAGACGGGCGGGGAAACAGUUCAGCUGGCUGCAGCUCUUGUUGGCCAUUCUGCUAUUGGUUCCAAGGCGUCUUUCGCGAUCGAGGAGGAAGAUGGGGCGGGAUUGGAACCGUCGGUGAUCAAAGCGGCCGAGGAGGUGGCUAAAGGGGCGAGUUGGAGUGAUCUUUUGGAGCCUGGAGUCAAGCGUGCCUUGAUUGUUGGGAUAGGACUUCAAGUUCUUCAACAGGUUGCUGGCAUAAAUGGGUUGCUAUACUACGCCCCACAAAUACUAGAGCAAGCAGGAGUAGGUGUGCUCCUAUCAAAUAUGGGGUUGAGUUCAGCUUCAGCAUCUUUGUUAACGAGUGCAGUCACAACUUUUUUGAUGCUUCCUUGCAUUGCUACUUCCAUGUGGCUAAUGGACGUCUCUGGCAGAAGGUCCUUGUUGCUAUCCACCAUACCAAUCCUCAUAGUCUCCCUCUUUUUACUAGUGCUUGGCAGCAUUGUUAACUUUGGCUCUACAAUGAAUGCACUAAUCUCGACUUCGAGUGUCAUCGUCUACGAAUGCUGCUUCGUGAUGGCUUUCGGGGUGAUCCCGAACAUCCUCUGCGCGGAGAUCUUCCCUACUCGAGUCCGUGGCAGGUGCAUUGCCUUGUGCUCAUUGACAUAUUGGAUUGGCAACAUCCUCAUCACCUACUCAUUCCCCACAAUGUUCAAAUUGAUUGGUCUCGCCGGUGUGAUUGGCAUUUACGCAAUCGGGUGCAUCGUCUCGUGGAUAUUUGUUUUUCUUAAAGUUCCUGAAACAAAGGGCAUGCCCUUGGAAGUAAUCUCAGAGUUUUUUGCUCUCGAGACAAAAUAGCUGGGUGAUCUUGCCAAUGAAUAGUGAGAGUCAAAAUUUUGGGAAUUUUUUUCAUAGGCAUUGUUGUUUGUCACUAGUGGUGAUUCAUCACAGCAUGACUAUACUUCUCAUUGUAUGUUAUAAUUUACGUACAAUCAAAAAAUUGGGCUCGGGUAUUGCUA